UGCGUGAUCCUUUCCUUAAAGGACUGGGACGUGAAAUCAUAUCUACAUGUACAAAUUUGUUUGAAGUUCCAACGCCUAAAAGAUGGAAAACGAUAUUCUUGAUGCUUUAGAAGAUUUAGGGUGCAACAUUCCAUUUGUGAAGGAAGAAGGAGCAUUUACCAGAGCAAUAGAAGGAGAGCUGCUGACAUUUGACUUCAUGUCACUUUGUGUUUGGCUACUUACAGAGCUUAAAAAAGUCUGCCCUCUUGGUGAAAGUUUAACAGAAGUAGAAGAUGCUGAGACAUUUAAAUUAGAAAUGAGUGGAAUACUGAAUGAAUUAGGCAACCCACAUCCAGUAUUGUCAGGAACUGACAGUCUAAAUAAUGUCCCUAACCGUCUUCUAUUACUGGAUUAUUUGACCUCUGAACUACAGGCAUGUAGGAUGCUUGACGGUGUUAAAGAUGACAAAAUGGAAAUUGACCAGCAGGCUAUCAGCCCAACAUUAGAGCAUGUCAACUCUAUUCUACUGGCUUUACAAGUGCCAUUACCAACAAAAGAUACAAGUGUCUUCACUAUCUUUUCACAAAUGGAACACACUAUUCGUCAAUUGCUUGGUAAAUUGCCAAAGGAUUUCCUUGGAAAUCCACUCUUACAGAAAAGACUUGGAGAAAGUCAAUGGAAUAAAGUUGAACAAAUUAACAAUCAACUUAAUAGUGAGUAUUCACUAAGGAGACAGAUGUUGCUUAAAAGACUUGAUGUCACCAUUCAGUCCUUUGGCUGGUCAGAUCAAGCUAAAGCAAAGAAAGAUGAAAUGACAACAGUAUUUCAGCCAUUAAGGAGAGCCAUGAGUUCAAGUGCUUCAGUAACUGUUGCUGAUGUUAUUGCUUCACGAACAGAUCUGUUAAGACAACCAAGAACAAGCUCUGGUGCAGAAAGAGAGAAAACUAAAUGUGCGAUUAACAGAGUACUUAUGGGAAAGGUUCCAGACCGUGGUGGUAGACCUUCAACUAUGAACCCUCCACCACCAGAAAUGCCUUCAUUUAGGAAGAGAGAAGAGGCACCCAAGAACCAGAGACCACACAGCAGUAGAGGUGGCCCAGGAGGUCGUGGAAGGGGUGGUGGAAGGGGUGGGCGAGGUGGAAAGGUCCAAGGAGGCUGGGGUGGUGAUGAUCGUGGUGGGCGUGGUGGUCAUGGGAAAUGGGGUGGAGGUAGAGGAGGACAUCGCAAUGAAAACCCUUUUGGACAAGGUGAAAAAUCACAUGGACACAGGGAUGUUUAUUAUAGUUGACAACUGUCAAUUUAUUUAUAUUAUUCAAUAAUAAAAUAUUACAAAUUAUCAUUUCAAAUAUAUGUUUUUCUUCAAUAUGAAAACUAUGAAGAAUCUUUUUCUUGAUUAUGUUGGAGGUUGUUCAUAAAAUGAUACAUAUCAAGCUAGCACUUGUAAUAAUAUGAAUUAUGUUAAUUUGUUUAAUAACGUUAGCUUUAUAGUAAUUUUAAUACUUGUUUCUAUUGUUGUGCCUGAAGUUCAUCCUUCAUUGCGUAUGUUUGUUUUUUGGAUUCAAUUCAAAUAAUUCAAACAAGCCACAGAUGUUUCUUAUGGCAAAUGAAUUUUCCACAACCAGUCAGUCAUUAAAAUUAAUUUUGGUUUCGACACAGUGUAAAUAAUGUACAACAUUGACCUGUUUGUUUAUUGAGCAUCAGUCACGGACUGUAAUGAUAGUUUGAUUGGUGUUA